CAUAGUGUGGGUAUCUGGAAAGUAUGCUUUUUAAUGUAUAAGCGUGCUCUGUCCUUGUUCAACUUUCAAUAAGGAACAAAGAUAGAAUGACACUUUUGCGCGUAAGCAUGUUCCCGAAUAACAACGUGGCCAGUAAGCCAGUAUCGUUCGUGUCGUCGUUUGUCGUCGUGACGCGUAGAUAUUUCGAUUGUGCAAAGUGAAAGUAAUUAUCGUCGAUAUAUAAAGUCGUAAUAAUAAUCUUAUAUUAUUAUCAUCAGUGAAUAAAUACAAUCCAAACAAUGUUUCGCAUCACCAAGACAUUCGCGUCAGCCUCCAGGAACCUUAAUAAGGCCCUCGAAGCGCCCUUAGGACCCUGGAUCGCAUCAAGAUGUUUGGCUACGCAAGCUGCAGUAAAACCGCUCAAAGAAGAAAAAGCGCAGGAAAAUGCUUCUACAAAAGAAUCUCAAUCUUUCACCAUGAAUCUCUUCCGUGGUCAAUUGCAAUUGAAUCAAGUGUUUCCAUAUCCGGAACCCAUGAACGAGGAGCAAACUGAUACGAUAAAAAUGCUUAUUGAUCCUUUAGAGAAAUUCUACGAGGAAAUAAAUGAUCCAGUUAAAAACGAUGAAACUGCAUCUGUAGAUGAGAAAACAGUAGCUGCUCUCUGGGAAAUGGGAGGGUUUUCUUUGCAAAUCCCCCAGGAAUUUGGCGGAUUAGGAUUGACAAAUACUCAGUACAGCCGAAUAGUCGAAAUAUGUGGCUAUUAUGAUUUGGGUCUUGGUAUCAUGCUUGGUGCACACCAAAGCAUAGGUUUCAAGGGCAUACUUUUGUAUGGCACUCCGGAACAAAAGGCCAAAUAUCUACCCCGGGUUAGCAACGGCGAGUAUGCCGCUUUUUGCUUAACGGAACCGAGUUCCGGUUCCGAUGCCAGUUCAAUACGUUCACGCGCGGUCAAGUCCGCGGAUGGAUCACACUACGUUCUCAACGGUAGCAAGAUCUGGAUAUCGAACGGAGGUAUCGCCAACAUCAUGACUGUCUUUGCACAAGUGCCUUUCAAAGAUCCGAAAACGGGCGAAACGAAAAACAAGAUGACAGCUUUCAUCGUCGAGAGGGGAUUCGAUGGUGUUACCAGCGGACCGCCUGAAAAAAAAAUGGGCAUCAAAUGUAGCAAUACGGCAGCGAUUUUCUUCGAAGACGCCAAAAUUCCAGCGGAGAAUGUUCUUGGCAAGGAGGGUGAAGGUUUUAAGAUCGCAAUGAAUAUCCUGAACAAUGGUAGAUUUGGUAUGUCCGCGUGUAUGUCCGGCACCAUGCGUUACUGCAUCAACAAGGCCGUGAGUCACGCGACGCAACGCGUGCAGUUUGGUCGUACAUUGAACAAUUAUGGCACCAUACAGGAAAAGUUGGCGCGUAUGACUAUACUACAUUACAUUACCGAGUCUCUCGCAUACGCAAUUUCUGGUAACAUGGACCUUGGAAGCCAAGACUAUCACUUAGAAGCAGCUAUUUCAAAGUGUUUCUCAUCGGAAUCCGCGUGGUGGACUUGCGAUGAAGCUAUUCAGAUCUUAGGCGGUAUGGGUUUCAUGUCAGAAGCCGGUUUGGAGCGUGUAAUGCGCGAUCUACGCGUAUUCAGAAUCUUUGAAGGGACAAACGACAUUUUGCGUCUGUUCGUGUCACUCACUGGUAUCCAGUAUGCCGGUAGUCACUUAAAAGAAUUGCAAAAAGCUUUUAAGAAUCCCACAGCAAAUCUAGGACUAAUCUUCGAGGAAGCUACUAAGCGAGCGACCAGAGCGAUCGGUUUAAGAUCGCCGCCUACUUUUGGGGAUUUAGUUCAUCCGAGAUUGGCGGAAAGCGCUGCGCUUUGCUCAAAGAGUGUGGAAACCUUUGGUCAAGUAAUAGAAAACGUUCUUAUUAAAUAUGGACGAGGGAUUGUAGAAGAACAGUUUAUCCUCAACAGGAUUACGCAAGCUGCUUUUGAUACAUAUACAAUGGCGAUUGUAUUGAGUAGGGCGACUAUGUCGCUAAAUAAGAAUCUUCCCAGUGCCGAACAUGAAUUGUUAAUGGCGGAAACUUGGUGCAUGGAGGCAUCCAGCCGCAUUGCAUAUAAUCUGCAGGUCAAUUCUGACAAGCAUUUGAACAUCUUUAAUAAAUUGAGUAAGAUUUCGAGGAACGUAUGCGAUGUCGGUGGUUGUGUACAAUUGAAUCCUCUGGGCUUUUAAGGAUAUUGUAAGUUUGCAAAUUUACUUAUAAAUUUAUUUUUUUAUCUUAGAGAAACGACAUCUAAUUUUGUAAUCUAUGCUAGAUAUAAAAAACAAUGAAAAGAAAAAUUGCUGUCUAGAUGAGAAAAGAUAUCAAUUUCAUAAUUCAUAACGCAAUUACAUAUAAAUUGACAUGAAUUUAGUUAAUUAAAUAAAAUAGAUUAAUCUAUAGAUCUCAAAAAAUUAUAUUUAGUUAAUAUUAUAAAUUUCAAAUGCAUGUGUACACAAAAUGAAAAUUUCGAAUUUUUGAGAUUAAAAGAUAAGUGAAAAAAGAAAUGUAGAAAGACAUGACCAACUCUAUUUUCCAUAAAAAUUAUUUGUGCGCAUAUAAUUUUAAGCAAUAAACAGAACAAAUAGUAAAUAUGUAAGGUAUAAAGCAUAAGGUAUAUCAUGUAAAUAUAAAAUUAUGUAUUUUUAAUAUUCUCUUCAUACCUUUACACGAAACGACGAUUUCAAAUAAAUACUCAUACAAAUAUUUA